CUCUUUCUCUCUCUCUUUCUGUGUGUGUCUCUCUCUCCCUCUCUUGCUCUCUCUCUCUCUCUGUCUUACCCACAUGCACGAGCACACGCACACUCUUCCUCUCAGUGUUCCUCUCCUCCCUCCCUCUCUCUUCCCACUUUCUCGACCUCGCUCGUCGCUAAUGUGUGUGUGAGAGAAGGACCUAAGCCUGUUAGCCCCAAAGGGAAGCCUGCCUCUGUGUGUGUAUGAGUGUGUGUGUGUGUCUCUCUAUCGGUGUGUGUGUUAGGAGGACGUGUGUGCGCAUCGCAUUGUGCUCCACAGCUGAAGAGACGAUUGAUCGAGAGAGAGAUCGAGAGAAUGAAGUAGAGCUGAAAGCGCCUGGAUUUUGAGGGGACCUCCGCAUCCCCUCUUCCGCCUUUCUUCCGCCGAUGCUUCAAACGACUCAGCUCUUGAUCCCGUCUCCUUCUUCCCGAGGCUUUCAAAAAACGUCCUGCGGUGAGAGGGGCUCCAGCUGCCGCUGUUGAUUCAGCACCUCCCUACAGCGGCUGCUGGGCGAAAGAGAGAUAGAGACAGAGAGAGAAAAAGAGAGAGAGAGAGAGCAACAGAAAGAGAGAGAGAGAGAGGAAGGCUGGGGGUGUGUGCCUAAGCGUGUGUCUGUGUGUGCGUGUGUGUGUAUGCGUAUGCCAGCCUGCAUGUGUGCAAGCCUGCAUGCGUGUGAGCAUGAUCGAGUGCAUGUGGACGCGUGAGCCGGGAGGAAGGAUGGCUGCUCUUGCCUGAGCUACUGCGCAGAGCUCGGGAAGGGAGACAACUCUAUUCCUCUAUUCCAGUCUGGAGGAAAACCCUCAUACUCUCUCUUCCUGAGACCAAGCCAGGAGAGGGAUAAAGGAGGGAGAGAGGAAGCGAGGGAUAGAGAGAUUGAACAGAGCAAACAGAGCGAACAGAGCAAACGAGAGCGAGAGGCACUGAGAGAUACCGAGAGAUACUAAGAGAGAGUCUGCUGAGUCGACCACCCUACAUCACCCUCGCAGCAUCGCAGAGGAAAAGCAGCACCCAGCACCCACCAUGCCUGCGGAGGUGAAAGAGGAACAGAGCUCAGAGGAUCCCCUGGUGGUGCCCUCAAAGACUCAGACCAAAGAGCCGGCUGAGGAGGUGCCUCCUGCCGAAGAUACCCCGGAUACCCCCUCCUCUGACCUGUCCACUGUCACGUCCACCAACGGAAGCACACAGAACACUGAUGCUAAUAAUGAUGAGAGUUCAGGGAUUGGGACGGAGAAGUCCUCCAGCCCCGACACUGAGCUGAACCCCCUCAGUGCCUGCAGCUCUCAUGAGGAGGUUGUGCUGAAACAGCUGGAGGAAAAUCCAACUGAUGCAACGGAGACAUUACAGACAGCGGGCAAAGGCUCACAGGAUUCAGACGGCGAUCUCCUGCCAAAUGCCUCACUGGAGACAGGAGAUGAAUGUGCUUCAAGCCCGGCCGCCACUGUAACUCCCCACACCGAGACCAACACCUCCUCUGACACUCCUGGUGAAAGUGUCAAAGAGCAGCCUGCUCAGCACAGCGGCUCCCUUCAAAGCCCACAAGUAGCCCUGAGUAACCUUGGCACCAUGCCCCACAGUUUCCCAUACCCGCCACCCUACACAACCCUGCCCAGGAACUACUUACCAGAGAACUGUUAUACCCUUCCUCUUCACCGAGACUUUGGACGAAUCGCCCAGAGCGCGUCCAUGUGCAACGGAGCGACCAAAGGAGACCAGGACGGCCCUGAUCUGAGGUCAGGAAUCGCCGCCAUUAGCCACCCUAUGAUGGGCGGGACCCUCCACCUGAGGCCGACUCUGGACCUCGCGGUUGACGAUCACUUGGGCCCACUACCACACACCUACCUGCAGGAUCUGUACAGGAUGCAGACACUGAUUCCGCAGAAACGUGCCAGUAUGGUCAGCCUGGACACCAUCCGCAAGGACCCCCGGUGGAGAGACCCAAACUUACGGGAGGUCAUAGCCAUGCUCAGCCACCCCAUGGACCCGGUCAAGUCCAACGCGGCUGCUUACCUGCAGCAUCUGUGCUACGAGAACGACAAGGUCAAGCAGGACGUCAGGCAGCUCCGAGGCAUCCCCGUACUGGUGGGGUUGAUGGACCACCCAAAGCCUGAGGUCUACCGCAAGGCGUGCGGUGCCCUGCGCAAUAUUUCCUUUGGUAGGGAUCAUUUCAACAAAGUCGCCAUCAAGAACAGUGAUGGAAUUCCCGCCCUCCUGAGGCUGCUGAGGAAGUCUAGUGAUAUGGAGGUCCGGGAGUUAGUGACAGGUACACUGUGGAAUCUCUCGUCUCAUGAACCUCUGAAGAUGGUGGUCAUCAACCACGGGCUUCAGACGCUAACAGACGAGAUCAUCAUCCCACACUCUGGCUUAAGAGGGGACCCCAAUGACCCUACCAGACCGGGAGAUCCAGAGUGGACCACAGUCUUCAAGAACACGUCUGGAUGUUUAAGGAACGUGAGCUCCGAUGGAGCUGAAGCCCGCCAGAGGCUGCGCGAGUGCGAGGGGCUGGUGGAUGCCCUGCUUCAUGCCCUUUACUCUGCCGUGGCUAAGAGGGAUAUGAAUAAUAAGUCCGUGGAGAACUGUGUCUGCAUUCUGCGUAAUCUCUCCUACCAUGUGCACAAAGAAGUGCCGGGGGCGGAGAGGUUUUACAGCCACCCCGCGGCUCCAACCACAAAGCCGAGGAGCCACCCGAAGAAGAAGGACGAGACGGAUUGUUUCGGAGGACGCGGUACCAAAGAGGAGUGGUUCAAUCAGUGCAGGAAGCACGGAGCAAGCGACAAAUCAUACAGCACUUUGGAAAUGCCCAAGCGCACGCUGCCAACGAAAGGUCUGGAGCUGCUCUACCAGCCCGAGGUUGUGAGGCUGUACUUGUCACUCCUCAAGUUGAGCCACAACCAAAACACUUUGGAGGCAGCUGCGGGGGCCCUUCAGAACCUUUCCGCAGGACAGUGGGCUUGGUCCAAUUAUAUCCGAGCGACUGUGCGGAAAGAGAAGGGCCUGCCAAUUCUGGUCGAGCUGCUUCAUUCAGAUGCAGAUAAAGUGGUGAGGGCCAUCGCCAUCGCCCUGCGCAACCUGGCUAUUGACCACAAAAACAAAGAUCUCAUCGGGAGCUAUGCCAUGAGGGACCUGGUCAGCAACCUGCCCAGCGGGCAGCAGCGACCUGCCAAAAACCUGGACGGAGACACAGUGGUGGCAAUUCUGAAUACAAUCCAUGAAAUCAUUACCGACAAUCUGGAGAACGCUCGCUUCCUCAUUCAGGGACAAGGAGUCCAGAAGUUGGUGUCCAUAAACAGGACAAGCCAGUCUGUACGAGAGACCAAAGCGGCGUCGCAUGUGCUGCAGGCCGUGUGGGCCUACAAGGACUUGAGGCACACGCUAACCAAAGGAGGGUGGAAUAAAGCGCACUUUAAGCCAGUCGUCUCUGGAGUCCCGAAAAAGCAGAAGAACGCAAAGCUAGGCAAUGAUGACAUCACACUGCCCCUAAUGGAGAAAAACCAAGAUGGAUACUGCAGCAAUGAUCAGAGUGACAGGGUUGGAGAUGGACCGUGCCACAUGAUAGAACGGGAAUCCUUCCAGGGAGUAAACGAUAAGAGGCAUUUCAUCAGGGCUAGCAGGCCAGCUGUUGGCUUAGUGGAGCGAACCCCUCAGCCCUUGGACUCUUGGGUCUGAGGCCCCAUCUGGUGGAGCUACAACAUCAGUGAGAAAUUGGCAUCAUCAGGUCUGCAUUUCAAUGGACCACGUCCAAAGUCAUGGUGUGUAAAAAGAGACGGAGUUAAAGCAUACCACAGCUUUUACUCCCGCACCCGCAGAAAGCAGAUAAUGGAUUUUUUGUUUAUGGAGAACUUGACUGAUUGUGGCUGUCAGUUUUUUUCCCAUGCAGUGUUUUUCUCUCCUAACUGCUAAAAUGUUCUCUGCUUUUAGCUUCUCUCAUAAAUUACCAAUGCCAUUACUCCAGAAUAAUUUACACAUAUUAUAAAAUCCCAGCAUUGUUUGAUAUUCAAUAAUAAAUCAUAUCCUUGUACUAUUUCAUAUUUGUCUAAAAGACAUAUUGUAUAAUAGUGAUGAUAUUCUUAAACUGUAGGCAGAGCAGACCAGUAUUCUAUCAUGUUUUUAUUUCUAUGUACAGCAAUGAGAUGCAACCAGAGCAUAUUAUGGAUAUUAAAUGUGACUAAUAGUAUACAGAAAAUAACAACAGCCAUCAUUGUGCCAUAUUAGUCAAACAAGUCAUUCUUACUUGAUUUGAUUUGUUCACCCACAUGAGUGUUUUAAUUGCUUGAAAAAUAAAAGGCUUUUUAUCUUUUCUCGUC